UGUGUGAAUACUUAUUUAGGUUCUCCCCAAACGGCGCUCAGUGCAUUCUUGUCUUGACGGGUGGCAGGAGCACAGCAUCAGGGUGAGAGAGAAAGAGAGAGAAAGAGAGGGACAUUGAGAGAGAGAGAGAGAGAGAGAGAGAGAGAGAGAGAGAGAGAUACAUUGGAUACAUAGAGAUAGAGAGUGAGUGGGAUAGUAGAGUCCGAGAAGAAGCUGAAACUUCACUGCAGACGCUCCUGCACAGGAUAAGAUCCAGAACACCUACUAACCGUGUGCAUGGCAAUCACGCGCAUUAGAAUAAGCUGACUGAACUACAACAAUGAACGCUGUAACCGCCGCCACCUGCCUGCUCGUCGCCGGCUUCAGCUGCUACCUCUACGGCAGCGACUGGCUCUUAUCGCUGCUCCGUCUCUCUGUUGCAGAACUCUCCAUGCCUGAGCCCGGAGCUGCUCCGCGGCGGAGCCCGCAGGGAGUCCCUUACACCGAGCUGCAGCACAUCGUCAACGCCGACGGACUGCACCUGUUCUGCCGCUACUGGGAGCCCGCCAGCCCGCCAAGGGCUCUGGUGUUUAUCGUCCAUGGAGCCGGGGAGCAUUGUGGGCCGUAUGAUGAGAUUGCACAGAGAUUAAAGGAAAUGUCUCUGCUGGUAUUUGCACACGACCAUGUUGGCCACGGUCAGAGUGAAGGCGAACGGAUGAACGUCAAAGACUUCCAGGUUUUCAUCCGAGACUCCCUGCAGCACGUGGACCUGAUGAAAAGCCGCCACCCUGACCUACCCAUCUUCAUCGUGGGCCACUCCAUGGGUGGUGCGAUCUCCAUCCUGACAGCGUGUGAGAGGCCCAGUGACUUUGCCGGAGUCGCUCUGAUAGCUCCGAUGGUCCAGAUGAACCCAGACUCAGCCACACCAUUCAAGGUUUUUAUGGCGAAGGUUCUUAACCACAUGCUGCCCAGCCUCACUCUGGGCUCCAUCGAUUCCAAAUGGGUCUCACGGGACAAGAAGCAGGUUGAGGCGUAUGACUCUGAUGACCUGAACUACCACGGCGGCAUGCGGGUGUCGUUCGCCGUGCAGCUGAUGGGUGCGGCGGCGCGCAUUGAGAGGGAGAUCCCAUCAAUCACCUGGCCCUUCCUGCUCCUGCAGGGCGACGCUGACAAACUGUGUGACAUCAGAGGCUCCAGGAUGAUGUACGAAAACGCACCAAGCUCAGACAAGAAAUUGAAGGUCUACGAGGGAGGCUAUCACGCGCUUCACCACGACCUCCCGGAGGUGGCCGAGUCUGUGUUGAAGGAGGUGACCAGCUGGAUUACAGAGCACCUUCCCGCCAGUACACAACAACCACAAGGCUCAUAGAAGGAAGCCUGCUCACAUUCCAGUUGUCUUUCAGGCGUAACAAUACUACUACACUCUCUGUUUUUGGAAAUACGUUGGGGCCUAUAGACUGAAGUUAUUUUCUUUUUUUAUAAAAAAAAAAGUUACUGACUUUAUCCAUAUACUGUCGAAAAAAAAGACAUUUAUCUCUCUCCUCUUUUUGUACCUGUCAAUCAGCUUAAGUUACACAGAUUUUAAAGGAUGUUGAUAGCCAGCAGCACUUAUGAUCAGGGAUUCGCCUCAUGUAUUCCAGGCGCUUUUUCGCUUUUUUGCUUUCCAUUUACUAUUCAAACUCGGCUUGUUUUAGACCUCUCCUGACAUAGGAGGUCUACCAAGUCAAGUCUAAGGUAGAAAAGCUACAGCUAAAGUGCAAUAGUAUCUCCACUUCCAACAUCUUUUGAGUAGAAAAUGACAAAACAAAUGUAAUAAGUUAUUUGUAUGCGCAGCAGCAUUUCCUUCUUUCUUAUACACUGUUUAAUGAAAAGGUCAGAGGUCAGGAACAGCAGCAGGACAGCACGUCUGGGCCUGGUUAAGCUUCAGUCCAAGGGGAAUAUUUAAUUGAAAAGCUGAACCUGCUUCACUGUCUUCACAGCAUCAGAAGAUUACAUAUAAUAUAAGAGUACAGAUCUCAGUGAAGACAAGAGUUCUCACUGAUUCAUGUUUUCAUUCCUGCAGAUAUAGUGGUUCAGGAGAAAUUAUCAACUCUGUCUUUAAGCCUAUUUAUUUUUUCACCUUAAAAGUUAUCCGUAUCUCUGUUUUCUCAUUAUAGCCACAAUAUCCUUCUAUACUGAUUAUUUAACGUGUCUCUGUGAGCCUAUUGAAGGGUAUCUGUUAAAUGAAGAGGGAGCAGAUUAUCUCCAUAAAGCUGCAUUCUCGCUCUCUGCAGACGAGAAUAAGAGGGCAAAAUGUCUUCACUCUGUGUGAUCUUUGUUCUCUCAGUUCCCUGUCAGAAUCAUUCCCUGCAUCUCUAACUUUAAUAAGUCCAUGAUGCGGUCAGGGACCCAGCUGGAGAAUGAUAAGCGUCUCUUUGCUCUGUUGCUAUAAACAGAAGAGUGCAUCACCUCUGUUCAACUCACCGUUGAGUAAUGGAGAUGCGUACAUUACUAACACUGGUGGUCACUGAGGGAAUAUAACUCCUUGUUGUUUUACUCUACAGUACAUUAAACAAUUGACCUCUAAACCACCAUGUAGAACUCCAUCUAGACACCACAUCAAACCUUUAUAGUCGACAUUUUCAAGUUCAAAAUCAUCUAUUUUAAAGCCUAAAUGUUGAUUCAACAGGUUAAAUCUUAAAUUGAAGCAUUUUAAGCCUCAAACUAUUGAAAUUAGUUAAAUUUUACUCAAAUUAUUGGUGAAUAUUGUGGGAAUUUGAACCCAUUACCUCAGCAUUUUUUUCAAAAUUUUAUAUUUAAAGCCCUGGCCGCAAGUGACUGCUCAAAAUCAGAUUAGAGUUGUUCAGCGUGAGCUUCUUAAUCACAAACCUAAAUGGCUAAAGCUCUGGUCGUGAUCACAAUUUUUUAAUUUUUUCGUUUCCACAUUGAAGUUCUCAGAAGCAGUGAUCUGAAAGGCUUCAAAGAAACCAUAGCAAUAAUGUCACAGUAACCUAUAUUUUUAAUGGUUCUUAAUUAUUCAGUAUAUAGCUAAAUGGGCACAUACUGAGCCAAGUGCUUUAAAUUGUCAGGGACACUUUCGUUAGCACUAUGCUAAACUUUUUCCACCUAUUCAUAAGCUAAUGUAUUAGAAAGUUAAAUUAGCACAAGUCUAGAAUGAUUAUGUUGUAAUGUCACAGCCUCCCCUGUAUCACACACAAAAAGAGAUCAAACAUAUUGAUGCUGCUGGCAGUUCAGACAAACAGUAAGAGUCUUUGUUUGUUGACCUCAGACUUACUGAACAUCCAAAGAAAACACAUCUAUUUAAAAUGCAGUUCUUGGAAGGAGACUUGACCGUGUCGCCUUGCUUUCAAACUUUUUUUUUCUUUAUCAUCCAUGAGUUCAAAGGGACUCAUGCAGCGAGAGGAGGGAACACAUGGAGUGGUAUCCACGGUGACCGCUACUCGUGUGUAACCACGGCAGCAGGCUGGCAGCAAGGUAGAAUGCGUCUUUUUUACAUGUGCAGUCACUGGGGUGAUCACAACAAGACUGACAGAAUGAGAUGAAUUUCUGGCUUGCUGCCUGCUCUGAAUGUAUACUUCCUCACUCUUGUCUCUCCAUAUCUCACCCUGUGCCACCCUGUUUCACCCAUGUUUUGUUUUUUUAAGUUGCUGUCAUGACCAGCGCUUUGUUCAGUAAAUCACAGAGUCCCUUGUUUUGUAACAGAUUCAAAUAUCUUUAACUGCCAUUGACUCUGUACCUAGUCGUCAAUUUGCAAAACAAAAAUUACAUUCUUUAAGCUUUUCUUUUUUCCUUUGGCCAUUAAAGGUCCAAUAUGUAAAAUACCUA